CACCAUGCCGCCAAAGAAGCAGACAGCAAAGGCGGACAACAAGUCGAAGAGGCAGGACGGCGACGAGGCCCUCCUCCAGGCCGUCAUCCUCGCCGACUCGUUCAACCGCCGCUUCGAGGUGCUGUGCCAGGACCAGCCGCGCAUUCUCCUGCCCCUCUGCUCGACACCACUCCUCACGUGGACCUUUGAGUCGCUCAGCCUCAGCGGCGUGCAGCAUGUCAUCAUCUGGUGCGGCGCGCACGAGGACAAGAUCCGCGAGUUUGUCGAGCAGUCGCCGUUCAAGGACGUCUUCAAGAUUGAAUGCUACUCUGCCCCCAAUACGGCCACGGCUGGUGACGCCAUGAGACACAUUGACGGCCUGGACAUCCUCAACCACGACAACCCCUACAUCCUUGUCCACCACCCCCUCGUCUCAAACUACGACUUCUCAACCAUGGUUGAGUCGCACAAGAAACGCCGCGAGACAGACAAGACCAUCAUGAUGACCUUGGGCGUUGGACGCGGUGGCCGCCCACACCCCGAAUCCCCCAUCAUGCUCGUGCACCCCGCCUCGUCGAGGUUGCUUCACUACGGCUUGAACCCCCUUGCUCCUCGCCAGCAGCGCGCCAAGAUCCCGGCGCAGCCCUUCCUCGACCCCUGGCCUUCGAGCAUUGACGAGUACGAGAUCUGGUCGGGCACCAACGCGUCCUCUUCGCGCGGUGGCUACCGUGACCUUGGCGUCGACAUUUGCGAGGCCGACGUGCAGGCUCAGUACACGGAGAAUUUCGACUACGCGCACCCCCGGAGGCACUUCCUCAAGGGCGUCCUUACUAGCGACCUUCUGAGCAAGACCAUCUCCGUCCACGUCGUUGGAGACGAGACUGUCGACCCCGCGGCCCCGGACAGCAAGAUCCAGCGUGGGCGCUAUGUCGAGCGCAUUCGUGACACGAGGACGUACGGCGAGAUCACAUUGGACAUCCUCCAGCGCUGGGUCUUCCCCCUCGUUCCCGACAUGAACGAGCCAGGUGGAGAAAAGUACGACUUGCGACGCGGAAACGUCUAUGUGGCUCGGGACAGUGUCGUCCUCGCGAGGACGACAGCGCUUCAGGGCCCGCUGCUCAUCGGCCCCCGCUGCCAGCUGUCUCACAACACUGUCAUCCGGGCCUCCACUCUUGGCGCCAACUGUGUGGUUGGCGACAACACCACGCUCAACAAGGCCCACAUCUGGUCCAACGUCAGGAUAGGUGCCGACUGCGUCUUGGAGGAGUCGAUCAUUGGCGACAACGUUGUCAUCUCCGACGGUGUCCACAUCGGCAAGGGCACGCUCAUUGGCCCCGGCGUCACCAUUGGCCCCGGCGUCAAGGUCCCCGAGUUCUCUCGCAUUUGCAGGACGCGUUACGUUCCAAAGGACGACUCGAGCUCGGAAGAUGAGGACUCGAACUCGGACUCGGACUCUGAUGCCUCGGAAUCCAGAAAGAAGUCGAAGAAGGUCAUCUUUGAUGCCCAGGCUGCGGAAAACCACAGAUUGGCCGUCCUUGGUCCCGACUCUGUCGGAUUCCUUUGGCCCACCGAGGAGGAGGAGCCUCCAGAGGUCGACUCGGACAACUCGGACGAAGAGGAUGUCUACGAGCACCCGAAGAACAAGCGUCUCGGGCAGCUUGGCCGCAGACUCUCCGAUGCCAGCUUCUCGACCGCGUCCCUCUCCACCCUGUCCAUCAACUCGACGACACCCCCCGACUCGCCCGCCUCGUAUGCGUCGUCGGGCUCCGAGCUCGAGGUCUCUGGCCUCAACAUCAGCGACGGCCCUCCCCCUGCCUUCUUCGCCGAGGCUCGCUCAUCGCUGUCCCGCGCCUACGACGAGGGCCACUCGAUCGAGAAUGCCUCGCUCGAGCUCAAGACCCUUGUCAUGGGUUACAACUCUGGUAUCGACACGGCCCGUGCAGAGGUUGUCAACUUCCUCAUGUCCAAGGUUCCUGGCGAGGGCUCGGCUGGGCAGAUUCUCGGCGCCGCCACCAAGGUCUGGGCUCGUUGGGGACAGCUCGCAGUCAACCUGUCGCGUGACUCUUCGGACAUUGCAUUCGAUGUCCAAAACUACUGCGUCCAGAAUGCUGCCUACGCACCCUGGUUUGGUAUUGCUCUGCGUGCCCUGUACGACAGCGACAUUGUUGACGAGGACGGACUGGUCGAGUGGCGUGACGCGCCCGAGGCUCGCGGUGAGGGAGCCCUCGAGGCUGAGCGUAACGCGUACAAGGAGACGCACGCCAAGGGCAAGCAGUAUGUCGACAUUCUCGAGCAGAUGGACAGCGAGGACGAUGAGGACGAGUCGGAUGAUGAGUAGAGGGAGUGUGCAUUAGACUCAGCAGCAACAUGCAUUGCAUUAUCGUCG